UUGUCACACAGCUUGCUGCACGCUAUGAAAAACUGAUACACAGUCAUGGAAGUGCCGAGAAUUAGUUCAAGCUCAUCUGAUCCACAUUCUUCAUUAAUCCUCUCUCCUUUCCUUCCCAUGGCUUUACCACCCCUCUUCCAUUGCUUCCAAAUGCAAACUCAUCUGAAUCAACUUCGCACAUCGGAAUAUCAGCCCUACCAUCUCAUCCGGCAGCUAUUGCUCUGGAGUCCACAUCCCAUCGGCGAAAACUUCCUCUUUAAAACCCAUGGGGUUUGCGGUGACAGGACUGAAUGUGGGGGAAAUUGGUCAGGUGUGAAAGAUUUGGAGCCCCGCAAACCACUUCGGAUGCAGAUAAGACACCGGGGGCUGCAAUAAUUUCAUGGACUCUUCUUUUCAUAAUUCCACCAUGUCUGUCAUUGGAGAGGCUGCUCUUUCUGGAUUUUUGGAGCUGUUGUGGGGCAGGUUGCUUGAUUCUGCACUCAACUUUGUUGCUGAUCACAAGCAAGUCCAACAGCAGCUCAAGCAAUGGCAAUCCAUAUUACCUGAUAUCCAAGCAGUGUUGAACGAUGCAGAGGAGAAGCAGAUCAAGAACAAGGGUGUAAGGAAUUGGUUGGAAGAUCUCCAAGACUUGGCUUAUGAUAUGGAUGACAUCUUGGACGAGUUCGCUUAUGAAGAGUUACGUCUUGCGCUCCUUAAAACUCAAGCUCAAGCCAGCAUUAGUAAGGUACGGAAACUCAUUCCUACCUGCUGUACUAGUAGUAAUUUCUCUCCAACUUCCUUUUUGUUUAACAAUUCCAUGAUUCCCAAGAUGAAAGAGAUAACUGCUAGACUGGAUAGUUUGACUACACGAAGAAAUAGUUUAGGGUUGAGUGAGAUCUUGUCUCAAGGUGCUACCUCAAAGGGAAAGAAACCUAGGUUGCAACCAACUUCUGUAGUGGAUGAAGCUGUGGAGUAUGUUGGUAGGGACGAUGAGAAGCGAAAAAUGCUUGAUUUGCUCAAAAGUAAUAACUCCAAUGGAGUUUUUGUCCUUUCCAUUGUUGGCAUGGGAGGGAUGGGCAAAACAACUCUUGCUCAGCUUGUUUAUAAUGAUGCCAGCACAAAGGAGUCUUUUGAUCACAGGGCCUGGGUAUGUGUUUCUGAUGAAUUUGAUGCGGUUAAUAUAACUAAGACAAUUUUACAGUCCAUCACUUCUGAACCAUGUGCUUACAAUGACCUGAAUUUACUUCAAGUCAAGUUGAAGGAGAAGUUGUCAGGAAAAAAAUUCUUGCUUGUUUUAGAUGACAUUUGGAACGAGAGUUACGAAGAUUGGACCAUCUUACGAUCUCCGUUUGGAGCAGGGACCAAGAUUAUUGUAACAACUCGCAUUCAAAAUGUUUCAUCUAAUGUGGAUCCAGUGAAAGCUUUUCACUUGGAUAAAUUAUCACAUGAUGACUGUUUGUCCAUAUUUACUCAGCAUGCAUUAAAAGCACGAAAUUUCAAUGGGCAUCUUCAAUUUAAAGAAGUUGGAGAGAACAUAGUGAGAAGGUGCAACGGCUUACCUUUGGCGGCAAAAGCCAUUGGAAGCCUACUACGCACUGUUAAAGAUCUUGGUGAAUGGGAAAAAAUAUAUGAGAGCGAGAUAUGGGACUUACCAGAAGAUCAAUGUGGCAUACUUCCUGCAUUGCGGUUAAGCUACCAUCAUCUUCCUCCGCAAUUGAAACGGUGCUUUGCAUAUUGCUCCAUAUUUCCAAAAGAUUAUGAAUUUCAGAAAGAAGAAAUAAUCUUGUUAUGGAGAGCUGAAGGUUUCUUGCAACUAAAUGCAAAAGGUCAAAUUAAAGAUCCUGGAAACCAAUAUUUCCAAGAUCUAGCGUCAAGGUCAUUUUUUCAGAUAUCUAGUAAAGAUAAAUCCCGGUUCAUAAUGCAUCACCUUAUAAAUGACUUAGCACAAUCAGUUGCAGGGGAAAUAUGCUGCAAAUUGGAGGAUGAUAAGCAACAAAUGUUCUCAAAUCGCACUCGACAUUCUUCUUUUAUUGUCAGCAGGUAUGAGACAGCGAAGAAGUUUGAAGCAUUUGAUAAAGCAGAUUCUUUACGUACUCUUAUAGCCUUAAUGUCUCCAAGUUUUCCAGGAUUCUUUUUAACUAAUUUUGUCCUGGUUGAUUUGUUACCAAGACUUGGCUACCUAAGGUUGCUUUCUUUGAGUGGGUAUAAGAUCAUUGAAUUGCCUGAUGUUUUUGAAAAUUUAAAACAUCUCCGCUACUUAAAUUUUUCUUACACUGAGAUCAAAUGUUUACCUGAUUCUUUGUGUACUCUUUACUAUUUGGAAACUUUAAUAUUAAGAGGAUGUGGCUGCCUCCAACAGUUGCCCUCGAAGAUGGAAAAUCUUAUUAACUUGCAUUAUCUUGAUAUAAGAGGUGCAAAAUCAAUUGAAAGGAUGCCUUUUGGAAUUGGUAAGCUAACCAAUCUUCAAAGGUUAUCUAAUUUUGUUAUAGGGAAAGGUGAUGGACACUACAUUGGAGAACUGAAAAAUUUGCCAAACCUCAAAGGUGAUUUUUGCAUUUCUGGGUUGGAGAAUGUUAAUGGUCAACAUGCGGGGGAAGUUAAGUUAAAUGAGAAACUGGGAAUUGAGAGAUUGGUACUACAAUGGAGUAGCAACUUUGAGAAAUAUGCAAGGAAUAAAGAAGCUGAAGAACGAGUGUUAGAUUCUCUUCGUCCUCAGAAAAAGCUUGAACAACUCAACAUUGACAAUUAUGGUGGUGCAAAAUUCUCUUCUUGGAUAGCAGAUUCUUCCUUUAAGAAUAUGUUGUCAUUGGAGCUUUGCAACUGUACAAGUUGCAAAUCACUACCAUCAAUUGGAUUGUUGCCGUUAUUAAAAGAUUUGUCUAUUAUUGGCUUCGAUGAGGUACAAAAGGUUGGUGCUGAGUUCUUUGGAGAAAAUCAACUGAAACCAUUUGUAUCAUUAGAGAAUCUGCAUUUUCAAAGACUGCCAAACUGGAAAGAGUGGGACCCGUGUGAAGGUGAAGAGCAAGUUUCGAAAUUUCCCAACCUUCGUGAGCUUUCAAUAAGAGAAUGUCCUCAAUUGUUGGAAAAGUUACCAACUCGUCUUCCAUCCUUGCUAAAACUUCAAAUCUAUGAGUGCCCAAGGUUGACAGUUUCAAUUUCAUGUUUCCCAUCACUGUGCGAGUUAAGCGUCAGAGGGUGUGAAGAAUUGUUGGAUGAAUGCUCUUUUUCUGCAAAGGAGGUUAUCUCUUUGAAAACUGCGUCUCUUUCAGACAUUUCAAAGUUCAACAUUUCAACAAAGAUGAAAAUGUUGAGGUUUGCAAGCUCAGAACAUUUUCACAUCCCUGGUUGGAAGGAGUUGGAAUCUUUAUCACAAAAUGGGUUAGGGUUGGUUGGGCAUCAUUUCAUUACAAUUAAGGAUUGUCCCCAGUUGGUCUCUUUGGAAACAGAUGAGGAAGGAUUGAAACUUGACAAAAUUCCGAGUGUUGAGUCUCUGACAAUAUGGAAUUGUAAAAGGCUCAAUAGACUACCAAAAUUCUUAGAUGCACUCUCAUUCCUUACAGUAGUAAGUAUUUAUGGGUGUUCUGGCUUGAUUUCUUUUGCAGAGAACAAUUUUCCCCCUGCUUUAAAUAAGUUGGAGAUUUGGGAGUGCGAGAAUUUGCAAAAUUUAGUUGAUGAAAAAGAAAAUAACAAGAGUAUGAGUAGUAACAUUUGUCUUCUUGAGCACUUGGACAUCAGAUACUGCAAGUCUCUAAUAUGUUUGUCAUCAAGGGGUGAUAUAUGCAAUCGGCUUCGACAUCUCCAAGUUUACAAUUGCUCAAGCCUGAGUAGCUUAUUUUUAAACACUAAGUUACCCACCAUGCUUAAACAGCUAGAAAUUUGGAAUUGUCCAAUGUUGGAAUGCAUAGCCCAAGACUUCCAUGAGACCAGUGAUCUCGAAUGUAUUAAAAUUUCGGGUGCUCAAAAUAUUAAAUCUUUACCAAGAGGAUUAGACAAGCUGAACCUUCUCCAGGAGAUUCAAAUAGUGAAUUGUUCAAAUAUGGUAGUUUCUUUCAAGGAAAGUGAGUUGCCUACCACAAAUCUCAGAGUUUUCUCAAUUGAAGGUUGUGAAAAUUUUGGAGCCCUUCCCAUGUGCAUCAACAACUUCAUCUCUCUUCGAGAAUUAAUGGUGUGGAACUGUUCGGCUGACAUAUCCUUCCCAUAUGAAGGUUUCCCUACCGGCCUCACGUCACUUGCAAUCUCAAAUGCACCCAAAAUUUAUAGCUCACUUGUUGAAUGGGGGUUAACUCGACUCACCUCUCUUCAGCAACUCACCAUCGGCGGUGAAGGAUGCUCGAAUGUGGUGUCGUUUCCAGAAGAAGGAAUUGGAAUGAUGCUGCCUCCUUCUCUUACCUUUAUCUGCAUUGAAAAUUUCGAGAAGCUGGAAUCCAUGUACUCCAAGGGCUUUCAACAUAUUAACUCUCUUCAAAUAUUGAGCAUCCAUAAUUGUCCUAAGCUCACAUCUCUUCCAGAAAAGGACAUGCUUCUGUCGCUUGAGCGGCUACACAUUUACGAGUGCCUGUUGCUAGAGAAAGUGAGUACAAGAGAUAAAGGACGAGAAUGGUCCAAGAUCGCCCACAUACCUUAUGUCAAUUUCAAAAUAAAGAAGUCAAGGCUAGAUUAUCAGUUGGAACGAUAGAUAAGCAGCAAAAUCUGGCAUUGAGUUUCUCCAGACACAGGCAACAGGCAUUUGCAGUCUUGGAAGCUGAAUCUGUGCGAAAAUGAGCUUGGAAUAACUGUUUCAAAAGACCUCAGGUAUUUCCUAAAAUGUGGUUCAAUAUCUUUAAAACUCGUGCUCCAACAACUUUGGUGACGGUUAUUUCAUGCCUACUAUCGUAUCUUGUGCUGAAGUACCUCAUUUUAGAACUAUACAUGUUUCAAUGGCUGUCCUCUGUUAAAGUAGCAAUAAGAAAUGGAGCAGUUGAGAACAAUAUCAUGUGUGUCUGGUACAAAUAAUGUUAAUACUUGUCUUAAAAUUUCACCCAAACUUUCACGUUUUGUAGGAAAUAUUCCCGAACCAUGUAAAUUAUUGUGUUCUCUGUCAUUUGAAUAUUUCAAGUUUUAGAUCUCAACAAAUAACAGAUCACUUCACUUUGUGGAAAAAUUGUUGUGUACACUCAACCCUAUCUAUAGUAUCAUUUGUGUGCUCAAA